CGGGGGAGCGCGGACUCGGGGCGGGAGCGCUGCCGCGGCGGUCCUGGCGCGCCCUGCGACCCGGGGGUAGGGGCUCCCGGCUCGGCUCCGCCGCCUGCUGCAGCCGGGCCCGGCCCAUGGCGUAGCCGCGGCGCUGCAGUCCUGCCGCGCACGGAAAGUUGCUGCCGCUUCCUCCGACUGACCCGCGCGGAGGGGCCUGAAUCCAGCGCGGCCUGGCACAGGCACAUAUUUUACAAAUCUCCUUCAGACAAAUGAAGUGAGGACCACAAGCUGCAUAGUCAUUCUGCUGAUGGCCAUUAGAAUUCUGGAAGACUUGAUUGCAAAGUAUAUUCCACUGGUUUUCAAAGGAAGUACAUCUACAUGAAGAACAACAAAGGAAGCUGAUUUUUUUUAGAAAAUAGCGUUUGCAAAAAUGACUUCAAGUUGUAUGACUCCAGUAUUUGCUUUAAUGAUUUUGUAUUUAGCCGCUGCAGGUCCUGUGCCAAGGAAUGAAUGUACCCUAUCACCUGUUAAUAGUUCCCACCCGGUUCACGCCCUGCUGGAAAGCUUUACUGUCCUAUCUGGCUGUGCAAGCAGAGGCACGACAGGUCUGCCCCAGGAGGUGCAUAUCCUCAAUCUCCGAAACCCUGAAGAAGAUCUUGGCUAUCGUGAAAGAGAGGUCACAUUGCAUUUGAAUCCUAUUUCAUCAGUGCACAUUCAUCAAAAGCCUCUGGUGUUCCUUCUUAACUCUCCCCUGCCCCUGACCUGGAAGAUAAAACCAGAAAGACUAGCAUCUGGAAUCCGAAGAUUUUUCUUUGUAUCUGCAGGUUCCACUGUUCACUUUGAGAAAGGAAAUUUCUCCUUGUUAGCAGAAACAGAAGAAAAGCCUUUCCCUCAAGGAAAUGAACAUCUCUUACAGUGGGCCCAAAAGGAAUAUGGAGCAGUCACAUCUUUCACUGAACUCAAAAUAUCAAGAAACAUUUACAUCAAAGUGGGAGAAGAUCAAGUGUUUCCUCCCACAUGUAAUAUUGAAAAGAACUUUCUCUCUCUUAACUACCUUGCGGGCUAUCUUCAGCCAAAAAUGGCAGAAGGAUGCCUUUUGUCUAAUACAGGCCAAGAAAGAGAGAUUCAUAUUAUUGAAUUAAUCACUCCAAAUUCCAAUCCAUACAGUGCUUUCCAGGUGGAUAUAAUCAUUGACAUUAGACCAUCUCAACCAGAGGCCAAGCUUGUCAGGGACCUCAUACUUAUCCUCAAGUGUAAAAAGUCUGUCAAUUGGGUUAUCAAGUCACAUGAUGUGCAGGGAAAACUGGAAGUGAUUGCACCUAAUAGCAUUGGCUUUGGAAAAGAUUCUGAACGAUCCAUGACUAUGAGUAAAUUAGUAAUACCUGAUAUUCCCUCAUCUCAUGAGAGUUUGAUUAAGUGGGCUCAUGACCGUGGCUAUAGCCCAGUUAUCUCCUAUACAAAAGCCCCUGUGGCUAACAGAUUCCAUCUACGACUUGAAGACACUGAAGAGAUGAAUGAUGGAGAAGGCCAUUUUCUUUCCCCAGAGCCAACAGAACUCCUAGAUACUAAACCUCUGCCGGCUCCGAACAACCCUUUAUUUAACGAUGGCCUUGGUUUUCCCUUUCACAUUAACAAAGGAAGAUAUGACAAGGUGGAAGAAGGCAUCUCCCCAGCAAGGGAUGCAAUGGAUGCAAUACUAAAACGUGACUUUGAGCAACUGUUUCAAAAGGCCAAAGAACCUGAAGAAGUACAGGGAAGCAUCAAUGUAGCCCUGUCGGUGAAAUGUGAUGACAAAAUGAUGACUGUAGUUGUAGAAAAGGAGUCUCUGCAGGCAAAUGGCUACAUGGAGACAGAGCUUUCACUUCUGGAUCCUUCCUGUAAAGCUAAGAUGAAUGGUACCCACUUCAUUUUGGAAUCGGCACUGCAUAGCUGUGGGACACGGCAGAUAGUCUAUCCCUUGGAUAACAUUGUUUAUUUAAACUCUAUUGUUAUUCAGCUGUCAGCAUCAGUUGAAGGCAGCGGUUGGAUGUCUGAUGACGACGACAUGGAAUCGGGUGAUAAUGGAUUUCCAGGGGAUGCUGAUGAGGGGAUGCUGAUGUUUCCAAGCAGGCCUGAAAUAGUUGUGUUUAAUUGCACACUGCACCAGGCAGAGGGUGGCAAAGCCUCUCUUAAUCCUCCCAUAUUCUGGCCUUCUGAACCGCGUAUCACCAAUGUGACCUUCAACAUGGAGCUUUAUAAGACAGAUCUCUUCCUGGCUCCCUGCCAAGGACUCUUCUCUGUUGCUGAGAACGGACAGAUUUACGUUGAGGUUUCUGUGACUAAAGCUGAUAGAGCCCUGGGUUUUGCAAUCCAAACAUGCUUUAUUUCUCCAUAUUCAAACCCGGAUAGGAUGUCUGACUACACCAUCAUAGAAAAUAUUUGUCCUAAAGAUGAAUCUGUUAAAUUCUACAAUGAACAGAAGGUGAAUCGUCCUAUACCACAAGUGCAGACAGACAAAAAGAGGUUUAGCUUUGUGUUUAAGCCAAUAUUUAAUAUUUCACUACUGUUUCUUCACUGCGAGCUGACAUUAUGUACAAAUAAAGAGAAAGAUACCCAAGGACUGCCUAAGUGCAUUCCUCCUGAUGAAGCCUGCACCUCUCUCAAUGUUAAUAUGAUCUUGGCCAUGAUGCAGAAUAAGAAGACGUUUACCAAACCCCUUGCUGUAAUACCCCAUGAAGAGAAACCAAAAGGCCCACUCCCUUCCAAUCCCAAAGUGAGUGGACCACAGCCACCUGUUUUCUAUGGCCUGGACACUCUGACUGUUGUGGGCAUCGCCUUUGCAGCAUUUGUGAUUGGAGCACUGCUGACAGGAGCAUUGUGGUUUAUCUACUCACAUACAGGUUCCCACCUCAGUACGGUGCACAGAAUGGACAUACAAGGAGCAGACAGAAUUAAGGAGAAACGGCAGGAAGACAGCAGGUCCCCACAUCCCCACCAGCCUCUGAAAACAGCAGUGCAGCACAUAGUAUUGGCAGCACACAAAGCACCCCCUGUUCCAGCAGCAGUACAGCCUAACCCAGGGGGAGUAGAAGGCCAAGGGGCAGCAUAGGAGGGCAGAGGUUCAAAGGAACUGUUUGUUGACACUAGCUUUCCAACAUUGAAAGGAUUAAUUUGGUUUCUUUUGAAAAAUUAGGAGGGAUUUCUCUAUAGAAGAAAAUCACCUGAUUUUCUGGAUAAAUAGAGUCUUUGGACCUUUCUACAACACAUUAUGCUACAUGUGACAAAGCUACUAGUUUUACAGUACUGCAGCCUGUUAAAAGCGUCUGCAGGCUCUCAAUGUGAAAUACAUGCCAGUUUGAAAAAUGCUGCUUUGUCUAUAAAAAAAUAAAAAAUAAAAAAAAAAAUAAAAAGUUUGAAUUCCUAAACCUUCUCACUGACACAAGGUGUUUUCAAAGGGAUUUCAACAAUAGGAGGAGAAAGGAGAUUUUAGGUCAGGACAAGAAAGUUUCAAGCUCAGAUCUGUUUGGUUAAAACAUUUUAUUACUUCAGCUACAUUUAUCCACUUCCAAGCAGCCUCUCAUUUUGCUGAGCUUGACAUGCUACAGCCUAUUAACCGCUUUCAUGCCGUAUGUGCAGCUUCAGGUUUGUGUUUCAGGUGUUUGUUUAAUAUGUGUUACUUUUCUAAUACACCCUAAAGCAACAUUCCCUUUCUUGUUCGCUGGGCCAAACCGGUCUACAAUUUUUUUUAUCCAUUCUAUCCAUACACACACAUACAAAUACUAAAGAAAAAUAAUGUCCUAAUGCACUAAUGUAAAUGUGUGUGUAUGUGCAAUGUCUUAAAGCAACUGUCUGUAUACUAAAGUAUACAGGAUCUUUCUUAACCUAGCAUGGCUAUUUUUUAGAUUGGGAAAAUUAAUCUCAGUGUGUCCCACUCUACCCAUGAAAAUGUUUUUAAAUAUUUAUAACUGGCUUUUUAGGUGUUAUACAUUUCAAGAUUUAUUUACAUAAAAGCGUAUAAAAAAAUAAGAGGCUAGGUUCUGUAUUCUUUUUGGCUCACAUUUCCAUUAACACCACUGAUUGUUUUGAACACACAAAGAACACAUUUGAGCCAACUCUUUGUGUACAUGCAUACAAACAAAACUACUUUUUUAAGAUGACAGUCCACAGUGGUUUGUGUCAAACUGCUAAUUAGUAAUAUGAACAUUGCAAUUGGAUAUUCCCAAAGUAGCACUGGAAUGUGAAAAGGACAAACAGGUACUAAUUUUCACAGUGUGUUUUUAGUGUCAUUGCCAUACCCUAGCCUUAAAAUAGAUGCCAGAUUAAAAGAAAGAUUUAAUGUGAAAUUCUUUGACAAAUAUGGUGUCAUUUGCAACUGUCAUAUGUUCUACUGAUUCCUCCACAGAUAAAAAAUUGAAUGCUAUCCUCCUUUCGGAGGAUAUGAGUAACUGCCACUAACUUCAGUGGGGGCUACUGGUGUCUGUCAGUAGGAGAGUAGGAUGCUACUGCAGGUACCAGGUUUCUAUUGCUAAGUCUACACUUAUGCCUUGUAUACAAUUCAUGUGCCAAUGAAUGGUCAUCCUGUAGAAUAAGUACAAAAUGUGCAAUAGAGAGAAACGCUCAGGAUCCGAUAGCAAAAUUUUGUCCUUAACUUUUUUUUAAACACAUUUGGCCCUGAUCCUGCAAACUCUUUUGCCCAUGAGCCUCUGUGUGCACAUGGACCACUUCAAAGACUUAAGCAUGUGCUUAUCUUUACGUGGUAUGGGUGGUCUUGGCCUGGGUGUGAUGUUACAUAUAUGCAAAAAGGUUUUGCAAUAUCAAGUCCUUUGGAGGAGUCCUUUGGAGUUCAACCGGACCUUUAUUUAUCUGACUAAAGUGACUCAUGUGUAGAGUGUUUGCAGGAUUGGUUUUCUUCUGAGGUGUCAGGAGAACAAAUAUGCUACCUGUGUGUUUGCAAAUAAUGCGCUUUGCCUAAUCUUCAGCAGAAUGUAUUGUGUAAGCAUAUUCUAUAUGUAAAAUCUUUAAAGAUGUCUUCAAAGAAGACAAGAGUCUUUAAGUCAAUCAUAGCUAUAUUUUACUACAUUAAAUUUGUGUAUAAAGAUAUAUUUAAAUGUUUUAGAUAAAAGUAUGUUACUCUAUAUGAAACGUUUUAUUUCAGUUACUGUGAAUUUUACAUUUUUGUAAAUUCUUUUUCCUGUUUUAAUCCUUUCCUUCUCAGACUUUUUAAAGAAAGUAGAGAGUCUCAUAGGAAGUAUUAGAAAAUUCUGUUGUUGGGAUGGACAGGUUUAAAACCCCUUUGUGUAAGAUAGCUAAUUGUAUAUUUCUGAGAAAGAAACAUGCUGCAUUAUCAAUGACUUUAUCAAUAAUUUACUCUAAUUUUAAAAUAAUUUACAGAUUUAUAUUUUAGACUGACAAACUAAAAAACCGCAAUGUAUAAAAAUGAGUAGCUGAUUUUUUUUUUUAGACUUGUAUUCAAGAUGCAGUUUAAAUUAAUGGACAGAUUUUGUACUUAAUGUUUAAUUAAGACUAUGUUGAGCAAUCUGAGCUAAUGAAAAGUUUCCACAGGUAGUUUUAGAGGACUGAACAGCCAUUUCUAUAACCAAAAUAAAAACAAAAAAAACCCCAAAAUAAAACAAAAACAAGCAAAAAAAUAAAAUCCUGGGGUUUUCCCAGUUAAUAGCUUUAUUAUAAGAAUGUACAGUACCUUGCAGCAACUGUUCAGACUGUUGCAAUUCAGAAUACAGCUACAAAUGUAAGCUCUACUUUUAUAACAACCAUUUGUAUUAACUAAAAUUUUCCUUAAAUGUAUUUGGUGUUGCAUAGCAUUUGAAUGUUUAACUGCAAAGCCACUGAUUCUUAUGUUCAUCAUGCACCUGAUCCUACCAUCCUUACUCAACAGGGUUAUACAUCUACCUUGUGCCAAGGACCAGCUCAAGACUUUUGUGCCACUUACACUCAUUAGGCCUUCAAAAUUGGGGCUUAUAAUGGACACAGUUGCUAUUGGACCUAUGCAUAGAGGUGAAUUUCCAAGUAAACCAGUUGAAUCCAAAGGGACUCCUUGUAUGGGAGGAUGGCAGGAUUGGGCUUUAACAGACGGUUUCUAACUGCAAACGCUAUUAUUGAAAUACUUAAAAGUAGGCUGCUUCUGUGUUUUAUACAUUAUCUAAUCACUAGCUUUAAUUGUUACAGUUUUUGGUGUUGGACAGCUGUUGUGUUACUGUUUGAAGAAGUCAGAACUUUCUGUGUUGGGCUAUUUCUGUAGCAUUUGCCAGAUGGAGGAGGGCUUUGCAAAAGGUCUCGAGAUGAUGAUGAUGAUGAUUGUAAAAUUAUUUUUUCCUUUUGUUUUGUGUAAUGUAUGUACCAACCCUUCUGUAAUGUAUAUCUACCUCAUGCUUCACAAAAAGAGUGUACUGCUGGUUUUGCCACCAGCACUUUCUGUGAGGUGACUAUUCUGCUCUGUUUUUUUUAGUCAAACAUGGGGGUGUUCAUGAAACCAGUUGACUUUUAGCUAUCAUGUUCCUACCGGUUCCAAAACCCAUCACUUUUAAUACUUAAAAACUGAAAAAAAACAUUAACCAAACCUUAUCCAGAUUUUUUUUCAAUCAACCAAUGGGAGAAAUGAACCCAUUAAUUCCUGUGGCCAGUUUGAACACCCCUUUCGUAUUCAAUUCUAUGUUCAGUAUUUCAGAAGACUUUUAGAAAUGCUUAGUUGUACAGUUUUGAUAACCACAAUGUCAUGUCAUCCUAGUGUCUGUGCAUAAUAAAAGUUAUACCAAUUAUUCAUAAA